AUGGUGGUGCUUAGUAAUUUUUUGGCUCCAGAGGAGGGAGUGCGACAUGAAGAGGAGCACACAACUUUAUACAUUAAUGACAGAGAAGUUGGAAAGGGAACGCUUUACAUAACUGAAAGCGUACUUUCUUGGAUCAAAAAUGAUACACGACAGGGAUUUUCAUUGGAAUAUCCUCAUAUUUCCCUUCAUGCAAUUUCACGAGACGACCAAGUUCAUCCUCGACAUUGUCUAUACGUAAUGGUAGAUGCUAAAGUAGAUCUUCCAGACGAAGCGCAAACACCUGAAAGUAAUUCAGAUGAUGACGACGACGAUGAUGAUGACUCAGAUGGACCUAUGACAGAAAUGAGGUUUGCACCUGACAAUACAAAUAAUUUAGAUGCUAUGUUUCAAGCAAUGAGUCAAUGCCAGUCACUUCAUCGAGAUCCACAAGACAGUUGUUCUGAUGCCGAAGAAGAUAUUUACGAAGAUGCAGAAGAAGAUGAAUUUGAAUAUUGCGCAGGUGAUGCACCUCCAUAUAUUUUAUCUGCAGAAACGGUUGGAGAAAAUCAUAAUGGAGUCGAAGCAGAAGAAGCUAUGGAUGUUGAAGCAGGUCAAUUUGAAGACGCAGAAGAAGGUCUUUAA